AUGAGCGAUGAUGAUUCACAAGCGCGACCGCGGCCACAGCUGCCGUUGCAACAGCUGACUAUUUUAGCCGUCGCGAGAUUCGCAGAGCCCAUUGCCACAACAUCCAUCUUUCCUUACCUUCCUCAAAUGGUUCGGGACUUUGGUGUUGAGGAAACCGAAGUCGCAAAAUGGGCUGGACUUACUUCUGCAGUUUUCUCAAUAUUCCAGAGCUUUGCUGCAGUACCUUGGGGGAAAAUAGCUGACAGCUGGGGACGAAAGCCAAGUCUCAUCACUGGCUUAUUUUGUACGAUGGUCUGCUUUAUUGUUUGGGGAAUGUCGACAAGCCUACCUAUGGCUAUCACUGUGCGGGCUAUCCAGGGCGCUAGUAAUGGAAAUGUCGGAAUUAUUCGAACUAUGGUGGCUGAGCUUGUACCUGAAAAGGAGCUUCAACCCAGAGCCUUUUCUAUCAUGCCUCUUGUCUGGUCGUUGGGAUCUGUAGUUGGACCGGCCUUUGGCGGGUUCUUUGCUGACCCUGCCAAGCAAUAUCCUUCGAUUUUCGGAGGUGUAUGGUUUUUCGAAAAAUUUCCGUAUGCUCUUCCAAAUUUGAUUGCAACGUUUUUCUUCCUCGUAUCCUUGAUGAGUGCAACCCUCUUCCUCCGGGAGACGCUGGCUUCCAAACAAGAUGACCAAGACUGGGGCCUUUUGUUCGGCAAGCGCCUCAGUAGAGCACUCAAAUGGAAUCGUCAACAAGACAAGAGACGGAGAUCCUUUGUAGACGGCGAGGCCACAGCCCCCUUAGUACCUAGCAAGAUUCGACCUAGGAAGAAGGAACGCGACUCGCCGGCCCCGGGGUUCGUUGAGAUCUUUACGCAGCAAAGUGUACUCAUUAUGCUGGCAUACUUCUUCCUUGCCUUUCACUCUGUCGCAUAUGAUCAAAACGUCACAGUAUUUCUGAAUUAUCCUGUCAUGAAACAUACUCCGGAAAAUACGAAGCUGCCCUUCUACUUUAAUGGCGGAUUCGGUUUGGAGUCAGGGCGUAUUGGCACCAUUUUCAUGCUGUAUGGAAUCACAUGUGGCCUUGUCCAAUUCAUUCUAUUUUCUCCCAUGGUCACUCGGUGGGGUGUUUUGAAAUGCUAUAAAGCUUGCUGUGUCGUCAUGCCACUGGUAUACCUCCUCACACCGUAUACGUCGUUAUUUCCAACGUACGAGACACGGCUGAUGGCUCUUGCGUUUGUGCUCAUGCUCAAAGCAUUCUCCAUCAUUGUCGCUUUCCCCGCCGUUACAAUUCUUUUGACCAAUUCGGCCACAUCACUUAAAAUUUUGGGCACCCUCAAUGGAUUCGUCACCAUGUUCAGUGGCUUUGGCAGAGCCAUUGGUCCGGCCAGCACUGGACUUGCAUUCAGUUGGGGAGCCAAGAAUGGAUACGUUGUUACGGCCUACUUCUUCUUGGCACUCAUUGCCGUGCUGGGUGCCAUCCCAGUUUUCUGGGUUGUGGAAGGCGACGGUCCCACAGCAUCUGUUGAAAACAGUGAUACUGAGGAUAAUGAGACGCUUGUUGGGAGCCACGUUUUCGUGGAUGAGUCUGCAAUUGACGACUCUGAUGAUGAUUCUCAGGAGACACAACCUCUGCUUUCAGAUUCCAGGAGUGGAACAGCCUAUGAAGCUGUACGGUCUAGGGCAGAGAACUGA